GGAAAAUUUGGAAACACAAAGGGACAUAUCAUGACGACGAUUUAGGAUAAGGGCGUGUUGUUUUGUAGUUGAUCCAGAGAUAUCCCCCAUACUUCAUGUCGAUUUUACCUUUUUUUUAUUUAACUCCCUAUUUUUUUAUGUAUCCAACCAACCUCGUUGUCUAUACCAUCAUCAACUACCACCAUUUACCAUCUCGCUUGCUUUUAUGCAAUGCAAAUAGCGACAGUGGAGGAAGAAGAGGAACAAGAGGAAAAGAAAGGAAGGGGGAGAGGGAAAGGAAGGACAUACUGGUCUCUUUUUUCGUUUCAUGUCGUCACAGUCACACAACUCAUGGUCACCCACACACUCUCUCACAUUUACAUAUGUUGUUCUAUGACUUUUCACUGUGGCGUUACUCCCUUUUUGAAAGAUAUCAAGUUUUAUUUUCCCUCCACUACCUGACUGACCAAACUACAAACUAUUUGGUAAUCCAUCAUCCAUCUGUACCUCAUCUCUCUCACAUCUUGCACUCAGCUGAGAGCAGGCAGAGAGACGCAGGGCAGUUUAGCAUAGUAUCACAUACAUCAACCACUGCACAGCGCAGCGUAAUGUCAUGAUACGAAACUUCCUGCUUAUUUUGUUUCUUGUUUUUUUCUCAAUGU